AUGCCGCAGGCUGCACGAUGGGCGGGGACUCCCUUUAUCAAGGGGAAGUCGGAGUCGACGCGCUUGAUGUUGUUGACGUUUAGCUUAGUGGGAUUGCAUAUGGACGAGACGGGAUUUGUGGAAUGGUAUCGGAUUGGAGCUUGGUCUAACGGGGGGCUUGGAUUGACGAAGUCGAAAACGUCGUUGGUGUGGAUUGCUGGUCCGCUGUCUGGAUUGAUUAUCCAACCUCUUAUUGGUGUGAUUGCGGAUCGAUCACGGUCUAAAUGGGGGCGGAGGAGACCGUUUAUGGUAAUUGGGUCUUUUGUUGUGGCGCUUUGUCUUAUCGUGCUGGGAUGGACAGCGGAGAUUGUGGGGUUAUUUGUAACGGAUCCUGAAAAGGCCAAGAAUGUUACUAUCGCGCUAGCGGUCUCAAGUAUCUAUGCGGUGGAUUUCUCCAUUAAUGUUGUACAAGCAUGUUCUCGCAGUCUUAUUGUGGAUACCUUACCAAUUCCAUUGCAACAAGCUGGGUCUGCCUGGGCGGGCCGGAUGUGCGCAAUCGGCCAACUGAUUAGUUAUGUGAUCGGUUCAAUCGACACUGUUAGCAUCUUUGGAAGUCUCUUUGGAGAUACGCAGUUCAAACAGAUGACCGUUAUUGCUGCAUUUUCGUUGAUCGCUGCUGUCGCGGUGACUUCAUACUCCGUGAAAGAGCAUUCUGACGGGUCAGCCGGUGCAAUCCAAGUGAUUUCGCAGCUUUUCAGGACUACAAUGGAACUGCCACCGCGCAUCCAAGCUAUCUGCUGGGCUCAGUUCUGGGCUUGGAUCGGCUGGUUCCCUUUCCUGUUCUAUAGUACCACCUGGGUAGGCGAAACUUACUUCCGGUACGAAGUACCAAAAGACGAAAUCACCAAGUCAACCGAUAUGCUCGGCGAAGUUGGCCGUGUGGGAAGUCUUUCACUCGUCGUCUUCUCAUCUAUCACCUUCUUCAGCUCGGUGCUACUUCCAUUCUGUGUCCAGUCGCCUGAUACCAAACGCUCUCGCUUCACCCCUCGUCCGCCACCAGGUAUGGCCGCCGCACUCAAGGCCUUAACCGCAAUUCGGCCAGACCUGCAGACCGCCUGGUUCAUCUCCCAGCUCAUGUUCGCUGCGACCAUGAUCUUCGCCCCACUCGCCCACUCCCGCGCCUUCGCCACCGUCCUAGUCGCACUCUGCGGUAUUCCUUGGGCAAUCAGCGCCUGGGCCCCCUUCGCUUUCAUGGGAGUGGAAAUCAACAAACUCACCAUGAACGGCGUCACAGCACCGGGUAUCGCAGCAUCAUCCACCCGUGCUGGCGUGACGAUGAUCACUUCCGCUAGUCUCCGUGCAAACUCAGCAGCAGACACCGAGCUAGAAGUCCUUCGACUAAACCACCGGGACUCAGAUAGCGACACCGACGAAGAAGACCCGUCCUCUCUACACUCUAAUAUCCCAUCAACGGGCGAGUUAACGGGUAUCUACCUCGGUGUACUGAACGUGUACACUACACUCCCACAGUUCGUCGGCACGUUCAUUAGCUGGAUUGUCUUCACUAUCCUUGAGCCCGGCGCAACGGAGCCUCCAAAGGAUGGCGAUACGUCCGAUGCCCACUGGAUGAAUCUCGAUCAGGACAAGCCCAACGCUAUUGCCAUUUGUCUUUUCAUUGGAGCGCUGAGUGCGCUUGUUGCUGCUGAGGCGACAAGACGGUUACGGUAUGUGUUAUAG